GCACUCUAAUCUCCCGUGAUGAUUACCACCCGAUCUCGGACAAAUUAGAUGCAUUUAGUGAUCACUGAGUGAAAUGUACCAGACGUUACUACUGAACAGCAGAGAGUAAAAGUCAGGUCAAGCUGUUUUCCCCGCAGUACCCAAUGAUGACAAUGAUGAUGAUGCAGAGAAUAAUAGAGUCCUCGCACAAAGGUCCGGAGCUCGCGCAACCAGCGUCCCCGACGUGCAAGGACCAAGCGGAGAAGCUGGAGGAAUCGCAACUGUUUCUGCAGCAGAAACGCAUCGCUGAUGAUCCGAGAGAUGUUGAGAUGUGCGAGAAGACUAGUGACACGGAAGACGAUGAUGAUCUCAACGUUGAAGUGGACGUGGAGAACGAGGACGAGGGAGAGUCGCUUUGUCCUGUUGACUUGACGCGACGCCACGAGAAGUUUCGAGCGUCCUUCGAGAUGCUGCAGAAGGCGACGGAUGGUGCAGCUUACGGGAAUGCCUUCAAGGACGAUGAUGGGAAUUGUGUCAGUGAUAAGCGGGCCGAGAGUGUUUGCAGUGAUGUGAGCAGGUCGGACAGUCCGAGGGAUGUCAGUCCGUCGGUGGUUCCACAUCAGAACAGGCGACUGGCAUUCUCUGUGGAAAACAUUCUGGACCCCAACAAAUUCACGGGUCGACAGACAGUUUUUAGUGAAGGCCUCUGCUGCUGGAAACCACAUCAGGAGUCCAUAGGAUCUUCAGAUUUUGAUGGAAGCGAACCAGGUAAAGAGCAUCACUCGGACGAUGAUGAUGACAUGCAGAGCGAUAUCAGCGACGACCUCAAAGAUCCGAACUCGAAGAAAAAGAAAUCCGAUUCGAAAUCGCAAGGAAACACGGGGAAACCGCGUCGGGCGAGGACAGCCUUCACCUAUGAGCAACUCGUGGCUCUCGAGAAUAAGUUCAAGACAACGAGAUACCUGAGCGUCUGCGAACGUCUGAAUCUUGCGCUCAGUUUGAGUUUAACGGAGACGCAGGUGAAGAUAUGGUUUCAGAACAGGAGGACCAAAUGGAAGAAGCAGAAUCCUGGGAUGGACGUGAACUCACCGACGGUGCCGCCGCCGAACGUCGGCGCUUCCGGUUCAUUCCCCGGAUUUCCGGGUCACCAUACGCAUUCCGGCCUCCUCUACUCCCAUCACGUCCCCUACGGCGGUGUUUACCCUCUGCAGGCCACCGGAUCCGGCAGUUACACCCCUUACUUCCAUUUAGCCAAUCACGGACACAAUCUGGGCUCUUGAAAGUAAGCCUAGACCCAUCUCCCCCACAGACUUAAUUAGAAAUUAAGACAAAAUUCGAGGAGACAACCACAUUAAUUUAUUUAAAAUACAAAAAAAACCUUGUAAAUA